AUGAAUUUAGAAAAUAACAAAUACUUGGUUAGUAAUUAUCUACGACGUAAAAAUGAUGUUUUGAAAAUUGUAGUCACAGAUGGUACAACGGACAUUGCUCGUUCAUUUGUGUACAGAAUGUUAGUAGAUAACGUGUUUGGAAAAAAUCAAUCUGUCUUUGUUAGUCUUUAUGAAUUACCAAAUAAAGCAACAUUCUUGGAAAGUGUUGCAAUUGAACUCACCUCCUUUAAUCCUAAUGUUUUAUAUGGUAUCAGUUAUGGUCACGAUGCCUCCAUUGAAUUCACGGAUGCGGAUGUUGUAAUUUGCAUUGGCUACGCGAGGGAGUAUGACUUCAAAGACAAUGAAUAUCUUGAACCAUUUUUCAAAGAAUACGUUUUAACUUCUAAGUUUUACGGCGAAGCUAUAGAACAUUAUGCGAAAAGAGAUGCGAAAAUUAUAGUACUUGGAAAUACUGCUGCGACGAUUAUAUCCAAAUAUGUGAAAUCUAUUCCUAUGAAAAAUAUAACUACAUUGUCUUUGGUUAAUUUAAAUAUUGCUGCAGCUCAAAUUGCUGCACGAGCACAGUGCCUACCAACAGAAGUAAAAAACAUAAUAAUUUGGGGCUCGAAUGGCUCAUAUAGUUUUCCCGAUUGUAGAUUUAUAUAUUUUACCAAUGAAAAACCUUUGACGGAUGCUUUAAAGGUUUGGAUCAACGAUAUUCUUCCACGUGUCAUCCGAAAUGUUUCCAGCAGGCCUAGCCUCAUUAAUUCCAUAGCCUAUGCAAUGGCAGAACAUUGUAAAAUCUUAUGGAAUGGCACUCCAGAAAAUGAGUGGACCUCAAUGGGUGUACUUUCCGAUCUUUCUUAUUCCAUUCGAUCUGGAAUAUUUUUUUCUUAUCCUGUAAUUUGUAAAAAUAGACAGUGUGAGAUUAUACAGGAUUUUGACGAUGAUCGGUAUGUCAGAAGAUAUAUCGUAGACUUAAGUAGGCUGAUUUAUAGAGAAAUUGAAAUUGCUUACGAAAUUUGUGGUUUGCUACCAAACGACGAUGCUUAGCAUUAUAUAUGAGAAAUGGCUCCACAGGCAGCGAGGGUGCUAGCCACGCACACCACCGCUGUAGUGGUUCCAGACUUACUGACAA